AUGGGACAUAAAAUUUACAGCCUUUACUCGUUCGACGUGGCGGAAGAGGUUUUUGAAGAGGUGGCCUUACCGCCACAGGAGGAUCCUGCUGCCACGUUUAUUGUUAUUCCCCAGGUUGCUGUACUGGGGGACUCGUUGCUUAUAGCCGCCAGCGGCUGGAAGAAAGUGUACAGAGUCGACGACCCAAUGAGCCUGCCGACUGUGUUUGUGUGUGUUUUGAAGAAUGGGGAGUUGAUCAUGGACAAGUGGCGAGAUGAUGAUUACGGUAAUUGCUUAUCUGCAUAUGAUCCAAGGGCUAGGCAGUUUAAGGACUUGGAGCCCUUGCCUUUCUCUCAAAUACGACAAUAUGGGGGUGUGGCGUCUCUCAAUGAUCACCAAGAGAGUCUCGUCCUCCUCGACUGCACACCGGUUGCUGACCCUCGGUCUAUGUCCUGCCAAGUUCAAAUCAAAAGGAAGACACCCUCGGGAGAAAAAUUAGAUAUCAAAAUUCAGGGAAUUAUUGGUCCUUGUGCAUCACUUGAUAAGCCAUACAAUUUUAGUGUUGUGCAGAAAGGUCCUUUUUGCUCUGAUACUGUUAUUGGACAAAGAAUACUACUGCAUGGAAGUUGUGUGGCCUUGAUAAGACUACCUCCUUAUCAUAGCAGUGGACAAAUGAGACUUGGUGCCAUUACUUUGUCCAGAAGAUGGGUUGCUGGACUUGGAAUCAAAGAGUUUCUGCCACCUAUAGGGAGGUCCGCAGAUCGGAUUGGAUACCAAAUAAAAGGGCACGGAUCUUUUGGCAUUAUUACUGUUUUGGCGUCUUGUCAAGGACAGAAAGCCAGUAAUAGCUUCCGGAGAACUGCUUCAUCAGCUUUCAGGAAUGACUCUUACGAGAUGUUCUCAGGCUCAUCACGAGCCCAUGAAGAUGAAGAUGAUGAGGAAGCUCUGAAAUGGGCCGCCCUUGAGAAGCUUCCCACUUUCGAUCGUUUGAGAAAAGGCCUUCUGGUUGGGUCAAAAGGCGUUGUGGAUGAGGUUGAUGUGGAAGAUCUUGGGGCUCGAGACAGGAAAGAGUUGCUUGAGAGGCUUGUGAAGGUAGUAGAAGAAGACAAUGAGAAGUUUCUGUUGAAGCUCAAGAAUAGGAUUGAUAGAGUUGGAAUUAGUUUACCAACGAUAGAAGUCAGGUUUGAGCACCUAAAUGUUGAGACAGAAGUUCAUCUAGGAAAUAGAGCUUUGCCAACUUUGAGAAACGUUUUAAUUAAUAUUUCGGAGGCCGCCUCCUGCAUCGGCCGCAACUUCUCCUACUUCCGCGUCAACUACCUCUCUCUCCUCGCCCUCUCACUCUCCUUCUCCCUCCUCCUCCUCCUUGCCCUCCUUGGCGCCUGGCUCUUCCUAUACGCCUUCCGCCCAUCCGACCAGCCGGUGGUGGUGGCAGGCCGCGCCUUCUCGGAUCGGGAGAUGCUGGGAAUUCUGGUGGUGUUCAUCACCAGCGUGGGGUCGCUGCUCAUCUCCGCCCUGCUGGCCGGCCUCGCUGUGGUGUGCCCCCACGGCGCCUUCCGCAUGCCGGAGGACCUGUUUCUGGAUGAGCAGGAGCCGAUCGGUUCCGAAUUCCUCUCGUUCCUGGGCGCGUGUGAUUCAGAUCUUGUCAGAUCCGGUCGGCUGGAAUGGGAUUCAACCUAUCCUUCGCGAUUUGCAGAUUGGGGCUGUUCGAGAGGUGAAUGUGAAAUCGGGGCUUCCGGCGACGACCAGCAAGGAGAGAUUGGAGCUGAUGAGGAGCACAUUUUCAGCAUGCGGAUUGUCGAUGGUGAUCACCAGUGGGCAUUGGUCGUCUUCCCCUUUCCUAGUUUGUGUAUGUUAGAAGCACGACCAGCAUCGUAG